UUUUUUCUGUCUUGUAGGUGCAAAUAGUUCAACAGAUAAAUCAUGAUGGAGAAGUCAAUCGAGCUCGAUAUAUGCCCCAAAAUUCAUUUAUUAUUGCUACCAAGACAGUCAGUGCAGAAGUGUAUGUCUUUGAUUAUAGCAAGCACCCAUCAAAGCCUCCACUAGAUGGUGCGUGCAAUCCUGAUUUACGGCUGAAGGGACACAACUCUGAAGGAUAUGGCCUGUCUUGGAGUAUCUUUAAAGAGGGUCAUUUGCUGAGUGGAUCGGAUGAUGCUCAAAUCUGCUUAUGGGACAUCACAGCAAAUGGUAAAAAUAAAACUCUCGACGCAUACCAGAUUUUUAAGUUUCAUGAUGGCGUCGUUGAAGAUGUUGCUUGGCAUUUGAGGCAUGAAUACUUAUUCGGCUCAGUUGGUGAUGAUCAUCAUCUCCUAAUUUGGGAUAUGCGUACUCCUGCACCUACCAAGCCUGUACAGUCUGUGGUGGCACACCAGGGUGAGGUGAAUUGCCUGGCUUUCAAUCCUUUCAAUGAAUGGGUUGUUGCAACUGGUUCAACCGACAAGACUGUCAAAUUAUUUGAUCUUCGGAAGAUUGAUACUUCGCUGCACACUUUUGACUGUCACAAAGAGGAAGUAUUUCAAGUUGGAUGGAGCCCAAAGAAUGAAACUAUACUUGCAUCUUGUUGUCUGGGAAGGAGGCUGAUGGUUUGGGAUCUAAGCAGAAUUGAUCAGGAGCAAACACCAGAGGACGCGGAGGACGGCCCUCCUGAGCUCUUGUUCAUUCAUGGAGGCCACACAAGCAAAAUCUCAGACUUCUCCUGGAACCCGUGUGAGGACUGGGUGCUUGCAAGCGUUGCUGAAGACAACAUCCUUCAGAUAUGGCAGAUGGCGGAGAACAUCUACCAUGACGAGGAUGAUCUUCCGAGUGAUGAGCCGGCAAAGGCUUCAUGAGACCCCUAAUGGUAGGACACCAGAAUGGAGGCAAGAUAAUACCUUAGCUUUGUCGAUUUUAGGUAACCUUCUGUGAUUGAACAUGUUGUUUUGGUUGGAUUUGUAUGUGCGUUGUACUCGGCACUUCCAGCAUAGUACAUACCAAUUAGACUACCUGUCGUUGUAGUUGAUGCAUUUACCUGUUUCGCCAUAUCGUGAGUCC